AUGGUGGCUUCUUCCUAUGUCCUCGCGGCUACCGUGAUAUCGACUCUGGUUUUCUUCGUUGGAAUGCCGCUCGGCCGACGUGGUUGUAUCUUGAUGGGUGACGCUUUGGUCAUUGUUGGAUCUGCCAUUCAAGCCACUGCAUUCUCCAUGCCGCAUAUCAUUGUUGGAAGAGUUAUUUGUGCCGAAAUGAGUACAGAGGCAUCUCAGCGUGGCCCCGAGGUCGCAAUACAAUGUGCGUGGUUGAUUACUGGCAUUGCCAUAGCAUAUUGGAUCGACUUCGGGACUACCAGGUCAGAUAGCCAAGCAUCUUGGCGUUUUCCCAUUGCAUUCCAAUCAGUCUUUGCUGCCAUUUCAGGCGCUUGUCUUCUGUUUCUCCCCGACACACCUCGUUGGUAUUAUGCUCGAAAUCGGACCGAGGAAGGCGACGCGGUGUUGGCACUCCUGAAUGAUCGACCUCUGGAAGAUAUAGCUGUACAGCAGCAAAAGCGGGACAUCAUGAGAAGUAUUCAGCUAGAGGCAGAAGCCGAGAACAGGCUCAGUCUAGCCAGCUUGGUAUGGGACAAGACGGAGCUGCGAGUUGGCAGACGGAUUCGAAUUUCGUUCCUCAUUCUUUCAAUCCAGCAGAUGAUGGGCAUCAAUAUGCUGGUCUAUUUCAGCACGCGAAUAUUCGCCGAUAUUGGACUGACGGACUUUAUGUCACAGCUCCUUGCAGCGGUCAUGAAUACAGUAUUUGCAAUUGGCACCUAUUUUACUCCCGGCACCAUUGAAAAGUUCGGGCGGAGGCAAAUAAUGAUUUGGACAGCCGUCGCAUGCGGUGUUUCAAUGCUCAUCUUCACAGUUAUGAUUGCUCUUCCAAACCCUACUUUGGCCACGCAAUGGACUGCAGUUGUCUUCAUCAUUGUUUACAACCUUGCCUACGGCUACGGCUGGGUUGGCUGCCCCUGGCUUUAUGGACCUGAGAUUGCGCCACUCCGUUACCGUCACGUGGCUGGUGCAGCUGGUUCCUUGGGGGAGUGGCUGUUUUCAUUCAUCACAGUAUUCGCUGGAGGAAUCGGCGCUGAAGUCACUGGCUGGAGAAUUUGGAUCUGGCAGAUUAUCUUUUGCGUGAUAGCUGUCUUAUUUGUAUACUUCGUGUGUCCUGAGACGAGCGGAAAGACAUUGGAGGAGAUCGACCAGCUGUUCGCCAGUCCAGGGGCCUAUCAUGACACUGCUAUUGACGAGAAAGAGAUGGAGACAGGUCAUCAUACAGGUAGCCUGUCCCACAUUGAACAUGCUUCAGGGGAAGAAACGAAUGCACGGUCGUAG